UGACAAACAAUGACCAUGCAGGGGUCCACUGCCAUGGAAAAGCCUUGAAAAUCUGUAAUAAUAGAGGUAAUGUGGAGGCGAGACAGCUAACAUUAACAACCGCGCUGCAUAGGAAGAUAUUGUCCGAAAUUUAACCAGUUUUCAGCUUCAUGUGUUUCACAUUUUAAAACAAUCAGAAUUACAAAGAUUGAAGGUUUGAUGGUAGUUGGGAGCUUGAGUCUUCUGGUCGGUGGCAAACAGACCAAUCAGAAGGCCAGUGAAUGGUCGAUUAAUGUCUCAAACAUACGAAAUAAAAGAGUUGAAGACAUUGGAUGUGUUUCUUGCUUUCAAAGUAUAUUUCAUUCAUUGUCUAGUACUUAUUUAUUUUCUUUCCUCACGGGAGUGCUGAGCCUAUCCCUGCCAUCAUUGGGCAACAGGUGAGUGGGCAAGAGGUGAGUACACCCUAUACGGGUUGCCAGUCUGUCAAAGGGCUGGCACGGAAAAACAAACAACCGCCCACACCAACAUCCACACCUAUCUAUGGUCGAUUAAGGAUAAUCAGUUAACCUAAUGAGCGUUCCUAAAGCGUUUCUGUGUGCCUGUGUCUGGCUGCUGGGGGAUGUCUGCUGCCAUCAAUGAGUGUCAUUGCUGUGGGAUUCGGGGGUCUGGUCUAGGUCUAGGCUGGUGCUACGUGUCUAAGUGACAUCCACAUGAAUGAACGCCAGGUCCGAAGGUUUCCCAGCAGAACACUAAAUUGUGACAAUGUUAUUCGCUUCUCCCGUCGGUGGUUUUAAUGUUGUGGCUGAUCGGUGUAUAUAGUACAUGGUGUAGUGGUGAGACGGCACCUCUCCGCACUCAAAAACAGGAUGUGACGGCAUCAAUGCUCCACUCCACACAAAAGCUACAACACAAGAGUUGAACAUCGAGAACAUCAAGCGGCUGGAGUCAAUCACACACACACACACAACCCAUGUCCAAACGCAUCUCAUGACACCACCGGUCGGCCACGCAAAUCUGCAGAUCAAAGUUCUUUGUUGAGGAACUUCCAUCAUCUGCCCUGCAAAGUGAAGCUGCAGCUGGGGAUUGUCAGCCCUGUGUUCCGUAACAGUCAGAUCGCAGCUUUAAUUCACUUUUGCGCGCACCGAGGCUGACUGACACAUAAACACACUUGUGCAGAAGCAUCUCGAGGCAGGAGACGGCAUCAAGGGCCCCGCGCAGAGUGUAGCCAGAGGCAGCGCACUUGGCUGCCACCCAGGGCCGUGUGUUUAUGUGGCUGAAAAGAGGCCGCUGGCCCUUUAAAAGCUAAGAUGGUGUCCUGCGAGCUGCAGUCGCUACCUUCCGUUUCCUCCCUGCCUCUCGGAGAUCACAGAGCGUUUAAAAUUGAACCUGAGCUAACCUCCAAGCGGAGCCGGACACGGAGGCUUGACAGUUAUCUCGCAGUGAUGUUCUUGCAGCGCAGACAGACGACGCUACGAAACUCUUCCACCAAUUGCAAGACGAGCCGCCUUGCAAGGAUACACUUGUAACUGCUGCAAACACACACAGGGCACGCUCACUGACAUUCAUCUAUGGCACAUGUUGAGCUGACAAUGUCAUCUCUGCUUGUGCACAGGCAGAUCAACCACACAGCUUGUGGUUUAUUUCUGGCUCUGGCCGCGUUUAUGGACUACACCUCCCAUGACUCCAUACCGGAAGUAACCGAACCAAAGGGGAAGCAUGAAAAGAGUCAGCCGGCAGCCCUGCGAGGAUGGCCCACUGCUGGAGGAGCAGGAGACGGAGGGCCAGCGGCAGCUACACAGCCUCCUGCUGCAGCAGCUCCACACUGACGUCGACAUCGACCGAUGUGUAGCCAAGAAGCAGUGCUUCGCCCCGGCAGCCGUCUAUCGGCCGUUUGGGGACCAGGCGGCGGGCGUGAAAAGCCUCUCCCAGUUCCAGGCUCUGCAGGACGGAGAGAAGGAGCUGGCCAGUCUGCGCGAGCUGGGUCUCACUGAGGCUGAGAUCCAGCUGUGGAUGAACAGAGAUGCAGAGGAGGCAGCAGAGAAGCUCCACGGUGUUUGUGCAGCACCAGAUGCGAAGCAGCAGCGGCUGCAGGUGAUUCAGGACAAGAUUGAAGCCAGAGCAGCUCUCCUGGCCCGGCCGCAGCGCUUCUCCGCCAGCCGCCCGCUGUCACGCCGGGAGAUGGAGAUCGAACAAGCGCUUUUUCAGGGGAGCGACCGCCUCGGUUUCCUCACCGCGCUUUACCACCGAGAUGAAGAUAACCAGGAGGGCCAGCGGGGGGCGUCGUCUUCUGACCCGUUGGAUUCUCUCUACAGAGACGUUCUCCACAAGGAACCACAGGCUCCACCUCAGGACUGCGAGGGAGAAUCACGUCUUUCCUCACACAGAACGUUACCCGACCAAUCACAGAACUCAGAGAGAGACGAGAGACGAUCAAAACACGUUUCCAUCGAUCAAUCAGAACCGCAGGGUGACCAAAGUUCCCCGUCGGCCCAGUCUCAGUCUAAUUCAGGCGCCUCGGAGCGGCAGGACGGAGCAGAGCAGACGCGACCCGCUGCUCCCAUUCACAUAGAUAUAAGCCAGUCGAUCGGCAGUCUGCGCGGAGCUGCGAAGGAAAAGCCCGGCAGCCUGCUGACUGUCAGGGGACAGAUCGAGACAGUCACAGAUGAAGAAAUCCUGGAGAACCGUGAAUCUGAAGACGGGAUCCGGAGCAUCCCGAGGUUCAGGAACUACGAGCCGGGAAAACCCUCCAAGAUUCUGUGUGUGAAGAACCUGAGCGCACAGGCGUCGGUGGCCCAGCUGGUGGCACUGUUUUCCAGAUUUGAGCAGAAGGACGGGCCUCCCGUUCUUUACCGGCUGCUCACGGGCAGGAUGAAGGGUCAGGCCUUCGUCACUCUGCCAGACGCUGAAACGGCCCAGAAUGCCUUGCAGUUGCUCCACGGAUACCGGUUGCUAGGGAAACCUCUGGUGGUUGAGUUUGGCCGUGAGCGGCAGGAAGAGGAGAAACAGAAAGAGAGGGCUGAACGGGAGGAGAAGAAAUAAAUGACAAUCGCAGAUCCUUUCAAAUUGAUUAUUUAUUUUGUAUGUAUAGAGAGAGACCUUUAUCCCCUGUGUUUAUGUCAAUAAAUGCAUCAAACCA